AAAUAUAACAAUAAAAACUAUAACCAGAGUCCAGUAACCAUAGUCUAUUUAGUUGGUGUAGAGGAAAGAUACAACACUAUUGUUUUGUGUUGAACUUUGAAAAGGUUUGCUUGUGGCUUUUCUGGUAUUAUUGUUGUUAUAAUAUAAAGUAGAAAACAUUUAAAUUACUAUUAAGAGAACGAAAUAAAUUAUUAUUUAAACUAUGUCGCAGAAUUCUGAAAAACCGCCAAAUCAAGAUGUUGUUGACCCAACAGGGCCCGCUGCAAGGAAAGGGAUUCUCAUAUCAUUUAGGACUGGAAAAACAAUGGAAAUACCUGAGAAAGAUAUCCUUGGUAGAUGCAGAUUCGUUGGCGAAUUCGAGAAACUGAACAGGAUUGGGGAAGGCACUUACGGCAUAGUAUAUAGAGCAAAAGACAAGUUAAAUGGCUCUAUUGUGGCUUUGAAGAAGGUGAGGAUGGAUGUUGAAAAAGACGGCCUGCCACUUAGUGGUCUCCGUGAGAUUCAAGUCUUAAUGGCUUGCAGACAUGAGAACAUUGUUCAAUUGAAAGAGGUUCUAGUUGGACGUUCUCUUGAGAGCAUCUUCCUAUCAAUGGAGUACUGUGAACAGGAUUUGGCGUCACUGCUGGACAACAUGACAUCACCAUUCACAGAGUCACAAGUGAAGUGCUUAAUGCUGCAAGUACUGAAGGGAUUAAAAUACCUACACUCUAACUUUAUAGUGCAUAGAGAUUUGAAGGUCUCUAAUUUGCUACUGACUGAUAAAGGAUGCGUAAAAAUAGCUGAUUUUGGCCUGGCGCGUUGGUUGGGUGCACCGGCCCGUAGUGCCACUCCUCGCGUCGUAACUCUCUGGUACCGCGCGCCUGAACUGCUUUUACAGUCGCCGCGCCAGACCCCAGCUCUUGACAUGUGGGCCGCGGGCUGUAUUCUCGGGGAAUUGUUGGCUAAUAAACCUUUACUACCAGGAAGGACUGAGAUAGAGCAGUUGGAACUUAUUGUGGAUCUGCUUGGUACACCUUCAGACGCGAUCUGGCCAGAGUUCAGUGCUCUUCCAGCUUUACAGAACUUUACUUUGAAACAGCAGCCCUACAAUAAUCUCAAGCAGCGAUUCCCAUGGCUGUCAGCCGCAGGUCUCCGGCUCCUUAACUUCUUGUUCAUGUAUGACCCCAAUAAGCGUGCCACGGCCGAAGAAUGUUUACAAAGCUCGUACUUCAAGGAACAACCACUUCCCUGCGACCCGAAGUUGAUGCCCAGCUUCCCACAGCACAGGAACAUGAAAGGACAGCAAAAGAGUUCCUCAAACCAGUUGAAUAUCCCGCUGUCAAACUUGAACACGGGUGCUAACGACCAAACCAACAAUCUGCCAGCUAUCUCUGACCUUCUAGGUGCACUAGUCAAGAAACGAAGGCUCGAAUGAUGAAAGUACAUGACAAAGACCACGUAUUAUUAUAACUAAGUAAGAUACUAAUAAAUUGCACAGAAAUAUUAAAA